CCUGCUACAGACACGUCAACCCCGAUGACUGCGGGCAAGCAGUCUGCGCUCCUAACCAAAUUGAAUAACCCUGUUGGCGACCCAGUCAACGAUGCAACUAGAGACCCUAAAUUUGGCCCUGGCGCCGGUCAAGCUUUCUUCUCAACGGGGCUUGGUGCUCGCGCCCCUCGUUCUCUGGGUGACAAUUGCCCGCCUGUUAUCGCACGUAGCGUCCAAGAUCCCGCAGUCGUAGCACAGGCAGCAUCGUAUUGGCAGGUCAAGUACAAGAGCCAAUGUCUUUGCAUCCUCCCUUCACAAGGAUGGACUGUCGAAGAUCUUUGGGACGCCGAAGAUAUCCAUGUCGAGGGCAGGAAGUUCUGCGAGGAGAUGCUAACCUUCAUCUCACGGAGCAGCUACUACUGGGCGGAUAGAUUCGCUAGAGACUGGGCGCGAGCACAUCCUGAUCGAGUCGACUUCACCGGGCUUGAGAUGGGGAACGUCUACAACACCAACGAUUCACUUGACAUUAUUGACAAGAUCUUCAUCUUUGGAGAGCCCAUAGACUUCCCUCGUGUGUUCCUUUGGCACGUCGCUUACAUCUUGGUUGGUACCUGGAUUGAGAUGAACAAGGCCAUGGAUGCGACGCUGCGUACGAGCCUGAUCCCACAAGCACAUGCCGGGGAACAAAAGAUCGCCAGUGGGGAGACAAAGCCUUCGUCCGUCCUUCCCAACAUGUCAGACAGGAAGAAAACCAGUAAGAAGUUUCGCAUAAUAACACAAUCUCAAUCCAGCAAACUGACAAUGUCGAUAGAGUCUUCGUCUGCUGUUGAAAAGUUACAUCUCGCAACGACCAUGGCUUCCGGAGCGCCAGAUCCGCCCGAUACGCGCCUUCUCCCUCAGCGCAUCCCAUCGCAAGGCCCCAUACCACCCGGAAGCCAUUCUGGUCUGAUGAGAGGCGGUAACGCGGGUAUCGUCAUGGGGUCUCCUAGGGUGUCGCCCAACCUGUAUGUGCCACCCUUGGUCGUUCCGAAAACCAACCGCAACAUGGGAUCUGGGACUUGUGGCCAGCCAAAUGGCUGGAUCGAGAACAAUAAUCGUACUACGUACGGGGCGUACCCGCGACAGCCCUCUGUUACUGUACCCAGCAUGCAGUCGCCCUCAUUCUUGUCCCCGCAGAUGGCAAUGGGCCAACAAAUCCCACACCCAAUGAUUCCGGGCUUACCUCCCUACGUCCAGAUGGCUCCCACUGGGUAUGGCUUUCAGCAACCUGAUCUUGGGGUGAUGUCUCGUGCGCACAUCAACUACCAACAAGGCAUGAUGCAGAAUCAGCCCAUGAACCCAGCAUCCCCCCAUCAUCCGAACGGUCAGAAUAUCUCUGUGGGCGACAUGACCAACAACAUGUACCAUACUAAUAGCAUGAUGUAUCAACACCAGGACCCUCGCGCGCCGAUGCCUCGUCGGGCCAACCAGCGCAAUGCCCAAGACCUCUUCGAUCCUUACAGCGGCAAUAACCCUAAGUUCAAUGGUGCGCCAGGAUACAACAGCGGUCCCCGAAAGGGUGGCAAUAACAGCUUCGUGCCUCAGCCUGGUCGUGGACGCAAGGUGUCGAACAUGGGUGGGCGUGAUGCGUAUAGCAGAUCCAACGCCGAUUUCAGUGCCAAAGGACCACCUGGCGGACCUCGCAACCUUGACUUCAACGCUCGACGUCGUCUUUCUGAGGAUGACCCGACCAUCACUGGCGACUCUGUCUCUGGUUGCGGUCAUACAUGGAUUGGGCCAAAAAACUUGACCGUGAAUGAGCUUUGGAUCGGAGACUUGCCGCCGGAUGCGAGAGAAGAUGAAAUCAUCCAGCUGUUCAAGCAGACUGUUGACAUUACUGCCACUGCAAUCUCCCUGCGGAGUAGACUUCCGCAAAAUGGUACUCAUGCUUUCGCUACAUUUGCUUCAUGCGCGGAAGCUAAGGUGGCUUUGGGCAUCACGAAGCUCAAUCCUUACCUUCGAGGCGGCCGCCUCACCGUGACAGUACCGAGGCGUUUCUUCCAGAAGGACACACCCUCAACCUCAGGCUACUUUGAUCAGCCACUUACCGGGAAGGUAACCGAUCACACAAAUCGUGAUGUUACACGCACCAUGACUCAGCAAGAAGAGAAGACUAUUGGAGAUGCAGAUCCAGACCCGGCUACGGCGAAUGGCAAGGCAUUGUACUCUCCCCAGGAUGCUAGAAGCGGCCUGUCGAAGCCACCCACGGAGACGGCAAUUACGGACCGUCCGCAGAUGGAAAGUACUAAAUCCAAUAUGUCCAGACGCCAACAGAACUCCCCUACGAAGAAGAAUAAAGGCAAAGGCAAGCGCGAGUCACCGAUCAAAAAUAUCAGCUCAGUAGAGAAGAUUACAAAGACAUCUGAGAAAAUGAACACCGAUGAUCCGACUAUCAUCGAAGAGGAAAAAGGUAGCACGCAGUUCAUAAAUACGAUCAUUGAGCCUACGAAGCCAGAGUACAUUGACGUCAGUACUUUGUGUCAAGAACUUUCAGUUCCUGUAACUGCUGCUAGUCUAGCUGUUGAUCAGCCGGUAGAUGAAGCACGCGAAUUGACACUACAACUUGCCGAGGAUUCCAAAGCGUCUGAUAUUGAGCAUGACGACGAAGAUCUCCUAACGGAACUUAAGCCCAACAUCUCGCUUUCCCCUAUGCGCAUGCAGUCAAAGAUCUCGGAAACCACAUCUGAUACUGUCCCGAUUGCUGAAAUCUGCAAGACCACGAGUGUCGGGAUGUUCAACACACUUUCGAAGGAAUUAUCCUCGCGAGUAGCGGACGAUAGCCUCUCGGAGGACGAAGCCAAGAAUGACAAUAGCUUCCACUCGGCGCCAGAAGUUCAGCCUGAGUCUGUGCAAGUAGAGCCUCAACCGAGGAUUGAAGACAAGGCGAUAACCGCGAAGCAAGAAUCACCGCUUGUAGCUGCUGAGGCUGAUGUGCGUGAUUUGCAAACAUUACAAAAUCAGCGCUCUAGUACUCAAUUCGAAAAGCCUGCAGCCGUGCCAUUGAAAGAAGUGGUCACGCCCCAAGCUUCAGGUUCGGAAGAUUCGCAAGAGCGCGCAAUGAGCACUACAAGCGAUACUGCGCGCAAAUCUGCUCUAGAUAGCGCAGCAACUUCGACAACUACAGAAGUCUCCCCUACUGAAGUGAGCAAGAAAGCUGGCGCUCCGCAAAUACAGUCGCUUCACCCAUUUGCGAAGAACAAGUCCCAGGCAAAGAAAGAGAGGGAGGCCAAAAAGAAGCAGCAGAAGAAAGAAGACGCCGAUCGCAUCGCCAAGGCCAAGGCUGAGAAGGCCGCAUCCUUGAAGAAGCCCAAUGGAGGUCUCAUUGUUCAGUCUAAUACAGGGUCGCUUGAGGACUUCACGAAAUCAUCCAUGACUAGAGAUGCGGUUACCAAACUGGGAGUGGCACACCCUAGUCGCAACGGCGAUACGACUACGGGAAACACGAAGUCCAAAAAGAAAGCAAAGGCGACAGCACCAGAAGCCGGCUCUACAGAUCGCGAAAACAAAGCCAAAAAUGAGGAAGAGACUGGUAAGCUCGAUAGUACUAUCAAAGAUUCCAAGGAGAUCCCUUCAAUAACUCUUAAGGCGGAAAAGGCGAAGGAACACAAUGCCGAUCCACACACAUCUCGCAGCUCUUCCCCUUCUACAUUAGUCGGAGACGAGGACGAAAUGUCACCGUUUGUUCACCCCAUGCCUGCCCCCAAGCUCCCGGAACUCGCGCAGCUCACUUCUGUUUCUGCUGAAGCACCCCACCCCGAUACUUCCAUGACUACAGCACCCAAAAAGAAAAAGAAGAAGUCCAAAAAGAACAAAAACACUGCUUCGACUAUGCCUAAUCCCACACAACCUCACAUAUCUGGAAACGCCCGUGGAUCUGCCGGCCUUGAUGAGGACUAUCAUACCUACGAUCCUUUCGCUUCGCAACUGAGCCAUAUCGAUGCCAUCCGUCGUGCGGUUAAUUAUGACACCUCGUCUUACUUUGCACGCACGAAUGCACGAAUCGAGAAGGAAGCCGAAGAGCGCAAGGAAGCU